AUGGCCGACUCCUCGCCACCCCCCAAGAGGCAAAAGACGGCGACGGGCUACAAACCCGCAUCAAACCCAGCACACAAUACCCAGGCAUACAACUCCGACAACGAUAGUGGUGACGACUUGCUCGCGGGCUUUAUCCCUGGUACCCCCUCUCAUGGCUCCUACCAGACUCAGCCUACACAGAUACUUGACCGCUCUGUUGUUGGUCCAGGUCGUGGUCCAACUUCGAGCCCCCCGGAGACACCUGCGCAAAAAAUCGUACAAGUUCCAGCUUCAUCGCCUUUUACAGGGAGAGACUUGGAGGGGUCAGCACCGUCUGUGCAAGGAACUUCAAGCGCAUACUUUAACAAUGGUCACCCCAAAAAGAACAUGAGCUCACUCAUGGCCCCCGCUGGUACCUUUUACAAACCCCCCGCUGGCAUAGCCACCAAGGCACUUCCCAAAGCAAAGACGCUCAUUAACCUUGAUGAUGACGAGGACGAUGGGCCAAAAUUCCUCGGGGGAAGUUCAGACGAUGAUGGGGCGCAGACCGCAAACAUCAAACGCACUGCAUUCAUGCCCAAGAGCACUCAGAGUUCUUCUAGAGCUUCAAAUGCUGGAGAUAUGCCGAGGACAGCCAGUGGUACCGCCCAAUUUCACAACAUCAUUGGGAGUUCAGCUUUUAAGCCCUUGCAGCCAGGUCAGAACAGUAGCUACAAGGGCUUGCCGCAAGCAAGAAAGCCCCAGACGCAAGCCCGGCCUGAAAGAGCAGCUCCUAUCCAAGACAUGUCUAUCGAUAUGGUUGCGGGUGCUCUACGCAGUAAUGUUCAAAGACUCAAGAGCAUUUAUCCUACGGUUACAAUCAGUUUCGCACAGAAUGUGCUAUUGAUUCACGAAAACGACCUGAACACUGCGGCUGCUGUCAUUGCCGAGGGUAACUAUGCAUCUAGCGCCAGUGCCUCUGCUCCUAUCCUUAUUGACGAUGAGGUUGAGGAGGUUGCAAGACCUGAGAAUUUGUUCAAGCGCACUCUCAGUGGACCAACGGCGUCUCUCAGAGACCGAUAUUCAUCAACACAAGCCCUUCAAGCAAAGAGCACGCCUGAUGUUGCAGCAACACCGCCAAAGCCUAAGAGAAAACUCAUGAAAGGUCGUCGGAAUCCCUCUUCUCCUUCCCCAGUCCAAUCCUCGCCUCUUAAGCAAGACUCCCCUGCACCCGCUGAGUUCGAAGCCUAUGACUCGGAUUCCGGUGUUGCUUCGGAGGUCGAAGAAGAUCCCCAUCUUUUGGACCGGGUUCUCAAGUAUUUUAACACUUGUAAGGCCUCGGAUCUGGUAGAGCUCACUAGCAUCACCAAGGAAAUUGCUGAGCUUAUGCUCGCUGCUCGGCCUUUCAGGAGUCUUGAUGCUGCGAGAACUGUGGAGAACACGAAGGCUACAAAGAGUGGCAAGAAGAGCAAUCGAGCCCCUAUCGGGGACAAGAUCGUGGACACGGCUAUUGAGAUGUUCCAGGGUUAUGAGGCUAUCGACACUCUCGUGACGAGAUGCGGAGACCUGGGUAAACCUCUGGCUGCUGAGAUGGCUAAGUGGGGAUUUGAUGUGUUCGGUGCCUCGAAGACUGGCGAGCUGGAGAUGACUUCCCUUGAAGACGAUGCAGAGUCGAACCGCGAUUCUGGCAUUGGCUCUCCGAGUAGCGCAGCUGCCUCCAACAACGGUGAUGACGAAGUCAAGAUUGUGGGCAGUACGAGAAAGCGAGGCAAUGUUCAAUUCUUGAAGAAGCCGGAGUUAAUGGCCGAGGACUGUGUACUCAAAGACUACCAGGUUGUUGGGCUCAAUUGGUUGGCACUAAUGUACCGACAUAAGCUGAGCUGCAUUUUAGCCGAUGAGAUGGGUCUUGGGAAGACCUGUCAGGUUAUCUCGUUUCUGACACAUCUUGUAGAAAUUGGUCACCCCGGUCCUCAUUUGGUUGUCUGCCCUGGAUCGACUUUGGAGAACUGGUUGAGAGAAUUCCAGAGAUUCUCUCCCCAGCUAGAGGUAGAGCCGUAUCAUGGUAUGGUUGCAUUUUAUCUCCGCGUUAGGGAGUUAGAGCUGACUUGGCUAGGACCUCAAAAGGAGCGAAUUGAGAUGGCGAAUUCGAUUAUUGAUAAGCGCCAUCUAAUCAAUGUUGUCGUUACAACCUACGAUAUGGCUGCCAAGAAGGAAGACAACAAAUUCAUGAGAAAAUUGAGACCAGAUGUAUGUGUCUACGAUGAAGGUCACAUGCUGAAGAACGUCAACUCUCAGCGAUAUCAGGGCUUGGUGAAGAUUCCUGCAGGGUUCCGACUUUUGCUCACUGGAACGCCACUACAAAAUAAUCUUCAGGAAUUGGCUGCUCUGCUGGCUUUCAUUCUACCCGAAGUCUUCAGAGAGCUAGAGGAGGAAUUGAAAUUUAUCUUUAAGGCCAAAGCCAGCACGACGGACGCCGACCAUGCAGCACUCCUUUCAGCCCAACGAAUUGCUCGUGCCAGAUCUAUGCUGACUCCAUUUGUGCUGCGUCGCAAGAAGGCCCAGGUGUUGAAGCAUCUUCCCGAAAAGAUUUGCCGGGUCCAAUAUUGUGACCUGCAUGAUUCCCAAAAGGGGAUUUACAACGGCCAUCUGGAUCAAGCUCGUGAGCGCGCCCGAGCUCGUCUCCAGGGCGCCAAGGCACCUAAAUCCGACGAGAACAAUCCCUUGAUGCAGCUUCGCAAGGCAGCCAUCCAUCCACUGCUGUUCCGCCGUCAUUUCACCGAUGAGAAGAUUGAGAAGAUGGCAGAUAUUUUGCGCAAGAAGGACCCUACCAACUUCCCUGCCUCUCAGAAGCGCGUUCAUCUUAUUGAAGAGAUGCGCAAGGCUUCGGAUUACUGGCUACAUCAAUGGUGCCGUGACUACCACUGUAUUCGCUCAUUCGAUAUCCCGGAUCUAUCAUGGAUGGAUUCUGGCAAGGUGAAGGCGAUGAUCGAUCUUGUUAAGCAAUACAAAGAGAAUGGAGACCGAGUACUGAUAUUCUCGCAAUUCGCACUCGUUCUCGAUAUCUUGGAGGCAGUCCUCAGUACAUCUUUGAUCCAGUUUACCCGCAUUGACGGAAGCACAAAGAUCGACGAACGACAGCCUCUCAUCGAUACCUUCAGAGACGAUGAGAGCAUCACUGCAUUUUUGCUGACAACCAAGGCUGGAGGUACCGGUAUCAACUUGAUGUAUGCCAACAAGGUCAUCAUCUUCGACGGAAGCUUCAAUCCACAAGAUGAUCGCCAAGCCGAGAACCGAGCACAUCGAGUUGGUCAAGUGAGAGAAGUUGAGGUCAUUCGACUCGUCACCAAGGGCACGGUUGAAGAGGCCAUCUACGCCUUAGGUCAGAGCAAGUUGACACUCGACGGGCGUGUUGCUGGUGAGGGGGAGGACGGAGGCAAGGCAGAAGAGGCCGGCGAGAAGGCCGUUGCACGAAUGCUUCUUGAGGGCACAUUGAGUGCCGGAGAUAACGAAGAUACCACCGAUUCCAAGAAGGUGGAGACAGAGGAUUCGAAUGCGAAGAAGGAAGAAAAGCUUUCAUCAAAGAAAAAGUCCUCAAUCAUGGACGCAUUGAUGAAGUCUAGAAAAAACGGAAAUCCCGUCGCCGAUGACAAUGAGAAAGAUGUCAAAUGA